GACUUUACCUUUCGUCCCUGCCCUAGCGGAUGAGGCUAGCACCGCAGCUCGGAGCAGAGUUUCCUGUUGAGUUUCCCUGUUUGAGGGACAGGAACUCCCUGCUCCGCUUCCCUCCCCCGCCCAUGAUAACACCGACCGAGGAAAGACGAGAGAAAAAAUAAAACUUGGAUAGAGGACUUCCAAACCUUGACUUCUCAGUCGCCAGAUGGAUCAACAUUCCGGUUAAAUGGCUCUCUAGUCUGGCUCAUAACCGCACAAGUUUUCCUUGCUAACCAACAACUCCGGCAGCAUGACGUCCACAGUGACUUUAGAAGAUGCCCUGUCCAACGUGGACCUCCUGGAGGAGCUGCCUCUCCCGGACCAGCAGCCAUGCAUCGAGCCCCUCCCCUCCUCCAUCAUGUUUCAGCCCAACUUCAACACCAACUUUGAGGACCGAAAUGCGUUCGUCACCGGCAUCGCCAGAUACAUUGAGCAGGCCACCGUCCACUCCAGCAUGAAUGUGAUGUUGGAGGAGGGGCAGGACUACGCCAUCAUGCUCUACACCUGGAGGAGCUGCUCGCGUGCAAUACCACAGGUUAAAUGCAACGAACAGCCCAACAGAGUGGAGAUCUACGAGAAGACCGUGGAGGUCCUGGAGCCGGAAGUCACCAAGCUGAUGAAUUUCAUGUACUUCCAGCGCACAGCAAUCGACCGUUUCUGCGGAGAAGUCCGUCGUCUCUGUCACAUCGAGCGCAGAAAAGACUUUGUCUCCGAGGCAUACCUGCUAACCCUCGGAAAGUUCAUCAACAUGUUCGCUGUGCUGGAUGAGCUGAAGAACAUGAAAUGCAGCGUCAAGAACGACCACUCCGCCUAUAAACGUGCUGCCCAGUUCCUGAGAAAAAUGUCUGAGCCUUCAUCCAUCCAGGAGUCUCAGAACCUGUCCAUGUUCCUGGCAAACCACAACAAAAUCACUCAGUCAUUGCAGCAGCAGCUGGAAGUGAUUAAUGGAUAUGAGGAGCUGCUGGCAGACAUUGUCAACCUGUGUGUUGACUAUUACGAGGACAAGAUGUACCUCACUCCCAAUGAGAAACACAUGCUGCUCAAAGUAAUGGGGUUUGGCUUGUACCUCAUGGAUGGAAACAGCAGCAACAUCUACAAGCUAGAUGCCAAGAAGAGAAUAAACCUGACCAAGAUCGACAAGUUUUUCAAGCAACUGCAGGUGGUCCCUCUGUUUGGCGACAUGCAGAUUGAGUUGUCCCGGUACAUCAAGACCAGUGCUCACUUUGAGGAGAACAAAUCUAGGUGGACUUGCACGUCUAUAUCCAGCAGCCCCCAGUACAACAUCUGUGAGCAGAUGAUUCAGAUCCGCGAGGAUCAUAUGCGCUUCAUCUCAGAGCUGGCUCGCUAUAGCAACAGCGAGGUGGUGACCGGAUCAGGGCGUCAGGAAGCCCAAAAGACUGAUGCUGAGUACAGGAAGCUGUUUGACUUGGCCCUGCAGGGCAUCCAGCUGCUCUCCCAGUGGAGCGCUCACGUCAUGGAAGUGUACUCCUGGAAACUAGUUCAUCCAACCGACAAGUACUCAAACAAAGAGUGCCCCGACAACGCUGAGGAGUAUGAGAGAGCCACCAGAUACAACUACACCUGCGAGGAGAAGUUUGCUCUUGUGGAGGUGAUGGCAAUGAUAAAGGGACUGCAGGUGUUGAUGGGACGCAUGGAGAGUGUGUUCAAUCACGCCAUCCGUCACACCAUCUACUCUGCUCUGCAGGACUUUGCUCAGGUCACUCUGCGUGAACCACUGCGACAAGCCAUCAAGAAGAAGAAGAAUGUCAUCCAGAGCGUCCUCCAGGCCAUCCGGAAGACAGUGUGUGACUGGGAGACCGGCCGGGAGCCACACAACGACCCUGCCCUCCGGGGAGAAAAAGAUCCCAAGGGUGGCUUUGAUAUCAAGGUUCCUCGCCGAGCAGUGGGGCCCUCCAGUACACAGCUCUACAUGGUGAGGACUAUGCUGGAGUCUCUCAUUGCUGACAAAAGUGGCUCUAAGAAGACUCUGCGCAGCAGUCUGGAUGGCCCCACCAUCCUGGACAUGGAGAAGUUCCACCGCGAGUCCUUCUUUUACACCCAUCUGCUGAACUUCAGUGAGACCUUGCAGCAGUGUUGUGACCUUUCCCAGCUCUGGUUCAGGGAGUUCUUCCUGGAGCUCACAAUGGGCCGCAGGAUCCAGUUCCCCAUCGAGAUGUCCAUGCCCUGGAUCCUCACCGACCACAUCCUGGAGACCAAGGAGGCGUCCAUGAUGGAGUAUGUGCUGUAUCCCCUGGAUUUGUACAACGACAGUGCACACUACGCCCUGACCAAAUUCAAGAAGCAGUUCCUCUAUGACGAAAUAGAGGCUGAGGUGAACUUGUGCUUUGAUCAGUUUGUCUACAAGCUGGCUGAUCAGAUAUUUGCCUACUACAAGAUCCUAGCAGGAAGCCUUCUGCUUGACAAACGUUUGAGAGCUGACUGCAAGAACCAAGGGGCCAACAUUCCAUGGCCGGCCUCCAACCGCUAUGAGACACUGCUGAAGCAACGCCACGUCCAGCUUCUAGGCCGCUCCAUUGACCUGAACAGGCUCAUCACUCAGAGGAUUUCAGCUGCCCUUUACAAGUCUCUAGAGCUGGCCAUCAAUCGCUUCGAGAGUGAGGACCUUACCUCAAUAAUGGAACUGGAAGGUCUCCUGGACAUCAACCGCAUGACACACAAGCUCCUCAGUAAGUACCUGACCCUGGACAGCUUGGACGCCAUGUUCCGCGAGGCCAACCACAAUGUGUCGGCGCCCUACGGCCGGAUAACACUGCACGUCUUCUGGGAGCUCAAUUACGACUUCCUGCCCAACUAUUGCUACAACGGCUCCACCAAUAGGUUUGUGCGCACUGUCCUGCCAUUCUCUCAGGAGUUUCAGAGGGACAAGCCGCCCAACGCUCAGCCCCAGUACUUAUAUGGGUCAAAGACCUUGAAUCUGGCGUACACUAGCAUAUUCAACACCUACAGGAACUUUGUGGGCCCCCCGCACAUUAAGGUCAUGUGCAGACUGCUGGGUUACCAGGGCAUCGCCGUGGUGAUGGAGGAACUGCUGAAGGUGGUCAAAAGCCUGCUUCAGGGCACCAUAAUGCAGUAUGUGAAGACCCUGAUGGAGGUGAUGCCCAAGAUCUGCAGACUCCCCCGCCACGAGUACGGUUCCCCAGGUAUCCUGGAAUUCUUUCACCACCAGCUGAAGGACAUUGUUGAGUAUGCCGAGCUCAAGACCGUGUGCUUCCAGAAUCUGAGGGAAGUGGGCAACGCCAUGCUGUUCUGUCUGCUGAGCGAGCAGAGUCUGUCACAGGAAGAAGUUUGUGAUUUGCUGCACGCCGCACCUUUUCAGAACAUUCUUCCAAGAGUCCAUGUCAAAGAGGGGGAACGCCUGGAUGCCAAGAUGAAGCGCUUAGAGGCUAAAUACACAGCCCUGCACCUGGUCCCACUGAUAGAGCGCCUGGGAACCCCACAGCAAAUUGCCAUUGCUCGCGAGGGCGACCUUCUGACCAAAGAGAGGCUGUGCUGCGGUCUGUCCAUGUUCGAGGUCAUCCUCACACGUGUGCGAGGCUUCUUGGACGACCCCAUCUGGCGCGGCCCGCUGCCCAGCAACGGCGUGAUGCACGUGGACGAGUGUGUGGAGUUCCACCGUCUCUGGAGUGCCAUGCAGUUUGUGUACUGCAUCCCUGUGGGAGCCCACGAGUUCACAGUGGAGCAGUGCUUCGGAGACGGCCUCCACUGGGCCGGCUGCAUGAUCAUCUCCCUCCUGGGACAGCACCGACGCUUUGACAUCCUCGACUUCAGCUACCACCUUCUCAAGGUGCAGAAACACGACGGCAAGGAUGAGGUCAUCAAGAGCGUGCCACUGAAGAAGAUGGUCGACAGAAUCCGCAAAUUCCAGAUCCUCAACAAUGAGAUUUUUGCCAUCCUGAAUAAGUACCUGAAGUCUGGAGACGGCGAGAACAUGCCGGUCGAACACGUCCGAUGCUUCCAACCCCCGAUACACCAGUCACUUGCUAGCAGCUGAGGUGGACCAGCGUGAAGUUCCAAACACUGUCAGCAUUACUAGACUAUCCGCAAAUAUUCCUCAUUUACUUUGGGUCUUUAGUAGCGAAGGACCAUUAAAUGUACGGAAGGUGGGCCACGUUUUUUUUUUUUUUUUGUGUAUUCACUUGUGCCUUAUCACAAAUUAAUUGAUGUUUUCCCUUUUUGGAUGAACUAUUUGUUUUAUACUUGCAGAAAGCUAUAGAUCAGGAAGGUGAAAUUAGUUUUAUCAGAUACGUAUUUAAGGCUUUGCAGUGGUGGAAUGUUAGGGUGGACAGUAACCUAUUUUAAGUGGAGGGUGAAUAUUCUAUAUUGUAGAACAUGCAUGCUAAAUAUUUUAAAGGAAAUUAAAAAAGGUAACAAAGCUCAUAGUCAUGUUAAGCAUUUAUUCACUGUGCCUUGUGUUUUAAACAUUUUAAUUCAAUAAAUAUGUAACAAAUCUG